CAAAUCACAAUGGAGUUCUCUCUACUCUUAUCCCUUCAAAUCCUUAUCCCAACUCUCAUCUUCCUCACACUAAUCAUCACCAAAAAAAGAAACGGCAAGCUCCCGCCGGGCCCGCGUCGCAUCCCGUUGCUCGGAAACAUGCACAACAUGAUCAGCAGCGAGGCCCCCCACCGCGCCCUCCACAAGCUCUCCCAAAAAUUCGGCCCCGUGAUGCACCUCCAGCUCGGCGAGGUUUCCGUCGCCGUCAUCUCCUCCCCCGAGGCCGCCAAGCAGGUGAUGAAGACCCACGACAUCCACUUCGCCUCGCGGUCCCCGAUCAUUGUCGCGGAGAUCAUCAGCUACGCGUGCACCAGCAUCACCUUCGGCCCGUACGGCGAGUACUGGCGCCAGCUCCGCAAGAUCACGACGCUGGAGCUCCUCAGCAUGAAGCGCGUCCAGUCGUUCCGGUGGCUCCGGGAGAAGGUCUUCAUCGGCCUCGCCAGAAAAUUCGUUUCCGGGGCCGAGGUGAACUUCUCUAAGGAGUUCAACGCGGCGACGUUUAACUUGAUCUCGAGGGCGGCGCUCGGGGACGCGACGAAGCAGGUGGAGUCUCUGCACCCGAUGAUCAACGAGCUCGCGGACCUGGCGGCCGGGUUUGACAUCGCCGACGUGUUUCCUUCGGUUAAAUUGUUCCAGUGGAUGAGCAGGAUGAAGAAGAGGGUGUUGGUUAUACACAAGGAUAUUGAUAGGAUUCUUGAGGAAGUCAUCCACCAGCAUAGAACUGCAAAGAGUGAUGAACAUCAUGAAGAUAUUCUUGAUGUUCUUCUCAAGUAUCAGCAAGAUGGCCUUGAUUUCUCUCUCACCAAGGACAAUGUCAAAUCCGUCAUCGUGGAUAUGUUGUCUGGAGGGAGCGAGACGUCCGGGACGACAGUCGAAUGGGCGAUGGCCGAACUCGUAAAAAAUCCAAGAAUCCUCGAGAAGGCACAGGAAGAGGUGAGGAGGAUUUUCGACGAAGAGGGAACCAUAGAGGAGUCGCGAAUUCAGGAAUGCAAGUAUCUUAAGCUGGUGGUGAAGGAGACGCUGAGGAUGCACCCAGCCCUGCCGCUGAUGCUGCCGAGGAAAUGCCGCGAGACGACCGAGGUGGACGGGUACGUGAUACCGGAGAACUCCCGGGUGAUCGUGAACGGAUGGGCCAUCAACAGAGACCCCAACUACUGGAAAGAUGCCAACACUUUUCAACCCGAGAGGUUCCUUGACAAUUUGGUGGAUUACAAGGGAAAUAACUUUGAGUUUCUCCCAUUCGGUAGUGGCCGGAGGAUGUGCCCCGGGAUGUCGUUCGGGCUGGCCAACGUUGAGUUUCCGCUUGCUCUGUAUUUGUACCAUUUCGACUGGAAGUUGGGGGGUGGGGUGAAGCCUCAGGAUUUGAAUAUGGAGGAUGGGUAUGGGUUGACUUCUAGGAGGCUUAAACAGCUCUAUCUUGUGCCCACACUCACAAGGCCUUUGCCUGCCCACUGAUGCAAACUACUGUCAUAGUAGUAAUAUUUUGGUUCAUGAAUAUUUGUUUUGAUGUUUAUCAAUAAUGUCUAUUUAAUCUUAUGUAAUAUAUAAGUACAAUAAAGUUACGAGUUUCAUUUAACAAAUUGGUCCAAUUUUGUCU